AUGCACCACCUCGCUAAGCCUAAGUCUUCCCCAGUCUUUAUGAUGGGUUACUUGACAGUUUCUAUUACACUCCCAUUUAUCUUAUCAUAUAGGGAAUCCACGCACGAAAACAAUGACAUCAAAGGAUUCGUCAGCGCAAGGUCCCUUUUUAACAAGAUAUAG